AUGAAAGGUGUCGCCUCAAGCACAUCGUGGGUAACGAUCGAGGAGGAACAGGAAGACUACUUCUCAUUCGAGGAGACAUCAGCAUCUUCUGAUUCCGAGGAUGAUGGAAACUCAUUCACAGAGGCGAAACAACAAGAUAAGGAUGAAGACUCAGAUGUUGACGCUGACAUUGCGCGCGCCCACGGCCCGAAAACAACCUCGGAGAGGCGCAGAGCGCAGAACGAGGUCUUGAGGGCCUUUGCUGCUAACAUCAGCUCGCACUUGACACAGAAAGAAGUUGACGAUGCUGCGGCAAAGACCGCCAACGAAGAGCAGCUUUCAAUCCGCGAUAUUCUGGCAAAACAAGAGGGCACAUCCCGCAUCACGAAUCCACGCGACUAUCAAAUUGAACUAUUCCAAAGAGCCAAGAGCGAGAAUGUGAUAGCGGUUCUAGACACUGGUUCCGGCAAGACUCACAUCGCAACUCUUCUUCUACAACAUAUUCUAGAUGGCGAACUUGAACACCGGGCCGCAGGCGGCAUCCCCAAGAUCGCGUUCUUCUUGGUAGACUCGGUCAACCUCGUUUUUCAACAAGCAAACGUCUUGCGCUGUGGUCUUGACCAGACCGUGGAGGGAAUAUGUGGCGCCAUGGGUACAUCACUAUGGUCAAAAUCCACCUGGGAGAGUCACUUUCACAGUAACAUGGUGAUAGUAUGUACCGCUGAGGUCCUCGUGCAAUGUAUGAUGCACUCCUUCAUCACCAUGGCUCAGGUCAAUAUCCUCAUCUUCGACGAAGCCCACCAUGCGAAGAGCAAUCAUCCUUAUGCCCGUCUGAUGAAGGAUUACUACGUACACGAAUUGGAGCUCUCCAAUCGGCCUCGGAUCUUUGGCAUGACAGCUUCUCCGAUCGAUACAAGAGGACUAUCGGUCGAUCAUAUCAGAGAUGUUGCAAACGGCCUGGAGAACCUACUUCAUUCUAAGAUCGUCACUACGUCCGAGAGCGUUCUCGCGUCGAACAGUAUCAGCAGGCCUAUCGAGGAGAUAGCAGUAUAUGCACGACUACAGGACGAAUAUGAGACACCUCUCCACCAAAAGAUCAGAGCCAAGUUUGGGGAUAUGUCGGCGUUCAAGAAAUUGUUCGUAGCAUCUAAGCACCAUGGUUCCGAGCUAGGGCGUUGGGCUUCCGACAUGUAUUGGUCUUUUGCUUUCACUGAUGAGCAGAGUCGCAAGCUCGAAGAUCGUGAGCACUUCAAGCAUAACAAGGCUAAGCAUGAUGACGCCACGCAGGAAUGGGACGCUAAAUCUAAACGCUUGCAGGAGGCAGCCGCAUUCGUGCAGCAGCUCGACUUCGGUUUGUGCGCCAUCAGUGAUCAAGACCUGAGUUCCAAAGUUCUGAAACUUCGUCAAUGGCUCAAUCUAUACUACGAGCGCGAUGAUCAAGCUCGUUGCAUCAUCUUCGUUACUCAGCGACACACCGCUCGGCUGCUUCAGCUCAUCUUCUCCCAGAUUGGUGGACCAAACCUCCGUUGCAGCGUUCUUGUUGGCGUCAACAAUCGUGUGGGCGAGCACAACAUCUCUCUACGAAACCAGAUCCUAACAGUCGCCAAAUUCCGUCGCGGUGAACUCAACUGCCUGUUUGCUACGUCUGUAGCAGAGGAGGGUCUGGAUAUCCCACAAUGCAACCUCGUCGUACGGUUUGACCUCUAUCGCACUAUGAUAGCAUACGUGCAGUCUCGGGGUCGAGCACGGCAUCGAAAUUCCAGAUACCUUCAUAUGGUCGAGGACGGCAACGAGGAUCAUAAAGGUUGGGUUUUUGAUGUCAAAAGCGACGAAAACAUCAUGCGGAAAUUUUGCAAUGCUCUUCCCCAGGAUCGUCAAAUCGGCGGAAAUGAUGUUGACUUGUUAUCAUUCGAAGACAAGAUGUACCCGAGCUUUGUCACAAAGCCUGGUGCAAAGCUCACUUAUCGCUCGAGCUUGUCUAUCCUCAACCACUUUGUAGCUACACUACCCGGACCCGACAGACAAACUAUGCUUCAGCCUACCUAUGUCAUCAGCCCUGAGGUUAACUACGAUGUCUCUGAUCCGCAGCGAAGGGGUUUCGUUUGUGAGGUAAUGUUACCGGAGCAUUCGCCUGUGAUCUCGGUCACUGGUGACAUUCAGGGCAAGAAAGCAAUUGCGAAAUGUUCAGCCGCUUUCAAGGCGUGUCUCAAGCUAUACAAUAAAGGCUAUCUGGACGAUAACCUACUCCCCACGACCUACAAAAGUUUGCCAGCUGGAAGGAAUGCACUACUAGCACUCAGCGAGAAAAAGAAGGGCAUGUACUCCAUGUUGAUCAAGCCAGAGUUCUGGAAGGUGGGACGAGGAGGCAUCCCUGCGUACCUAUAUCUCACCAUCAUCGACCUCGACACUGGUUUGGAUCGACCUCAUCAACCCAUGGGACUGCUCACUCGCAAUCCUUUCCCGCAAAUGCCGAACUUCCCUAUUUACCUUAAUGAUGGCAGGCCCUCUUAUGUCGUGUCCCAGUCUUCUCGAACUUCGCUACCUGUGUCAGCGAAGACAAUAGAGGUCCUCACAGGUUUCACUUUGCGUAUAUACGAGGAUAUUUACAACAAGAAGUAUGAGAAUGAUGUCCAAAGGAUAUCUUAUUGGAUUGUGCCGGUACUCUCUGCCCAGAUGUCCUCUCUGCCAUUCAUUACCGCCCUCGAUCAGAUUUUGGACAUGGAUCAGAUUCGCAAAGUCUACGACGAGCCUACGUGGAGAUGGACAACCGAUACUAAGCCUGAGGACUUACUUGGUCGGUACUUUGUGGACCCUAUGAACGGAGGUCGACGCUACUACUCAAACCACCUUGCCACACAGCUCAAACCACAAGAUCCAGUCCCAAAGAGUCUACCUCGCAGUGGACACAAGUUUAUGGACAGCAUCCUUGACUACAGUGACAGUAAGUGGGCAAAGAGCAGGGAUAUCAGUAGGUGGAAUCAAUCGCAGCCGGUUCUUGAGGUCGAAAAGAUCCCAUUCCGUCGGAAUCACCUUGCAUGCGUCGAUGAUAAAGAGAAGGGUGAGCUCGAUGACCCCAAGACAUACAUCUGUCCCGAGCCCCUGCACAUCUCCAACCUCGAAACGCCCUUCGUAGUCAUGUGCUACGUCCUACCGGCCAUCAUCCAUCGCUUCGAGAGUUACCUCAUUGCUUUGGACGCCUGCAAAGUUCUGGAUCUCAAUAUCAGUCCGGCGCUUGCCUUGGAAGCUUUGACUAAAGACUCUGACAACUCUGAAGAGCAUGGCGAUGAGAAAAUCAACUUCAAGAGCGGAAUGGGUCCGAAUUAUGAACGUCUUGAGUUUCUAGGGGAUUGCUUCCUCAAGAUGGCUACGUCUCUUUCGGUAUUCGUCCAGCAGCCAGAUGAGAACGAGUUCGAGUUUCACGUCCGUCGCAUGGAAAUGCUAUGCAACAAAAAUCUGAUGGAGACUGCGGUGGGCAAAAAGAAAGUGGUCUCUGCAGACGGAACUGAGCGCGAUAUUCAGCUCUACAGCUAUAUCCGUACGGAUACUUUCUCACGGCGCACAUGGUACCCUGAGGGGCUCAAGCUUCUCAAGGGUAAGGGCUUGAAUAAGUCCGAGGACGACUGGCUUAAACUCACGCAUAACCUUGGUGAUAAGAGUGUAGCGGACGUUUGCGAGGCCUUUAUCGGUGCUGCUUUCCAGCAACAUUAUAAGGGUGGACCAUGGAAUCCCAAUGACUGGGAUGAAGCCGUCAAAGCUGUCAAGCUCUUCGCCAACAGUCAAGACCAUAUAAUGUCGAAGUGGUCGGACUACUAUGACGCAUACCAGAAGCCUAAGUACCAAGUCGCAGACGCCACCGCGGCGAUGCUUGAUACCGCUCGCAAGGUUGGACUGAAGCACCCGCAUCACUUCAAAUAUCCUCGGCUUCUCCGAUCAGCAUUCGCUCACCCUUCGUACCCAUACAUGUAUGAGAACAUACCGAACUAUCAGCGCCUCGAGUUCCUAGGCGAUUCGCUUCUGGACAUGGCUUUCAUCAUGCAUCUCUACUACAAGUAUCCGGACAAGGACCCCCAGUGGCUCACCGAGCACAAGACGCCCAUGGUAUCCAACAAAUUCCUAGGCGCCGUGUGUGUCAAGCUAGGUUGGCAUGUCCACAUCAAGCAGAAUACUGCUAUUCUGAGCGCCCAGAUCCGCGACUACGUUUUGGAAGCCGAAGUAGCAGAGGAGGAAGCGAGUGGUGCUGUCGACUAUUGGGUCACCAUAAGCGAACCGCCCAAAUGCCUGGCCGAUGUGAUCGAAGCAUAUACUGCAGCCAUCUUCGUUGAUGCGGAGUUUGACUUCAGCGUCGUACAGGACUUUUUCGACAUGCAUCUCAAGCCCUUCUUUGAGGACAUGACACUCAGCUCCUACGAGAACUUCGCUUCCAACCAUCCAACCACACGUUUGAGUCGCCUCCUCUCUAUUGCCUUCGGCUGCAGCGAGUGGCGCAUGGCCGCUAUGGAGACGGACACAUUAAUCCCUGGUAAAGGCAAGGCCAUCGCUGCUAUGAUCAUGAUCCAUGGGAAGGUGGUCUUUCACACCCUGGGUCAGAGCGGAAGGUAUGCGCGUGUCAGAGCUAGUCAUGCAGCACUGGAGAAGCUAGAUGGGCUCUCGCCUUAUGAGUUCCGGAAAAAGUACGGCUGCGACUGCGUGUACGAGGGAGAGGGCGUAGGUGAGCAGGAUGAAGCGGUGCUCAAGGCGAAGGAGGAGCGGAUGAAGGAAGCUACGGGUCUGAGCAUCUAG